GCGAGAGCUCGCAGCUUCUUGGCAGUAUUUCAAAAAUGAGCCUCUGAAAGCUCUGGCGAGCCGAGCAGACAUAUUGAGACUAGAGACACACGGGGAUGGCCGCCUGCGCCGCCACCGCUUCGCUCCAAACGUAGCGCUCGCUCACCAUGGUCGGAAGGUACCUCUCCUCAGAGCUGCCCCCACAGAGUGGCCCGGGAGCCCAUUAUGAGAAUCCCCACUGGGGACACCAGCCAGCCAAUCGGAGUGCCACUUCCGCCUCAGCGUCGGCCAAUCACAGUGGCUGGGAUACAGUGAUCAUCGACGAGAGCGACACCGAGGCCUGGCCCUCCAUUUCCCGCAGCAGCCAGAGCCAGGGCCCUGCAGGAGGAUGCCCCUCGGACACUGACCCAGCCAGCAGCAGCAGCAGUAUGAGCAUGGCCACGGGGGCCAACGGCCAGACAGGCCACUUUCCUGCCAACUACCCCAGCAGCAAAGGAGCCAGCUCUGGGCCCGGCAGCUCAGCCAAUCACCCCGGGGCAGGCACGGUCAGCAUGGCCUCCAGCCAAGGAGCAGCCAAUCGGGGCUGGGGAUCUGGUCCCGGUCCCUCCCCCCAUGGCCCUCCUCAGUCCUCCUCUGUCGGGGGUGGGGAGGGGAAGAGUGAUGGCCCAAUGGGAGGAGGAGGAGGCAGGGGUUGGGGCUCCUCUUCCUCCACCACCUCCAACUUGAACCUGAACCCCAAUGCCAACCCCUCGGCCUGGCCCGUUCUGGGGCACGACGGGGGCGGAGGAGCGGGGGCAAGCAGCUCAGGGGGAGCCAACCCCAAUCAACCCCCUUCUUCUCAACCCCCUCCAAACCUCUGUGACCCGCCAGGCACCUCUCACGCCCAGGGGAACGGCAUCAGAGGAGGAAACAUGGUGGGCGGCACCAACGGCAACCUUCCGGUUGGGGGAGGCAGCACCUGGGGAGAAUCAUCUGAGCCACACCCAUCCUCAUCCACGAAUGUGUCUUUCAGCUCAGAACCUCAGAACCUUAACACUGACGGACCAAAUCAUACUAGCAAGCAACAGGAGCCCCAUAUCCACAGCGUGUCCGGCUGGAGUGGCCCCUCCGGAGGUAUGAGCUCCCUGGGCCAGCCUCCUCCUGGAGCUUCCCAGCUGGUCAAUGGAGAGGAUGGUAGCUCCAUCUGGGGCAACAAUGGAGACGCCAAGUCAGUCGCCUCCUCCACGGAGCCUUCGGGCUGGGACUCUGGGGCCGGGGGCUGGGGGAGCCAUGGAAGCAGUGGUGGUGGACCCUCUGGAGGCUGGGGAGGCCAGAGCAGCAGAGACGCCUGGGGGAAGCAGCAUUCCGGCGAGGUCCAGGGGGGCUGGGACGCCCCCAGCUCUCCUCCCCAGCAGGCCAGAUCCUGGAGCACCCGAGCCCCUAGCACCAUGGCGGCCAGCGAAGGCAGCAGCGAGGGCAUGGAUGGAGCGGGACACUCCCUCCGACAGGACCGUUCAUCCAGGGAUGAGCCUGCCCCCCUGCUCCCAGCCCCUGACCUGGACCCCAGGGUGCUGUGCAACACAGGCUGGGGCCAGACCCCCGUCCGCCAGCACACGUCCUGGGACAUGGAGGAGGCGGCACGCACCCAACGAAAGGCAGAUGCUGCCGGGACGGACUCUUGGGGAGGCUCCGGUCCCAACACUCCCACCGAGCCAGCCCAAGGGCCCUCCAACCCCAGCCACGGACCCCCUCAUCGGGUUGACCCCAAGAGCGAGGGUCCCGGGCCUGGUCCUCAGGCUGCCCCUGGCUGGGGUGGUUCCAAGCCUCCAGCCAGCCAACCCGGCUCUGGCUGGGGUGAGCCACCGAGCAGCAAGAACGGUCCUGGGGGCUGGGGGAACCCUCCACCAGGAGGCCCCGGGUCAGGCCCCAACAUGCCCAAAGCUGGGAGCCAGUCCUGGGGUGCUCCAGAGGAGAAGUCCCCAAGCUGGGAUGGUUCCCACGGCAAGGCCCCCAAGCCCCAGGGCUGGGGAGAUGGGCCCAAGCCGCCCCACAGCGGCUGGGGCAACAGCGCUGGAGGAGGGGGCAAUGGAGGAGGGGGGGACUGGAGAGAGCCUGCAGAUGGCAAGAAGAACAGUCCCACCACCAACCCUCCCUGGGAGGGAGAAGGAGCAGGAGGCUGGAAAGAGAGCAACCGAGGCUGGGGAAAACCUGGUCCGGGGAUGGGGGGAAAUGUUGGUGGAGGCUGGGGAGAGCCAGCGAUGGCCCAGCAGCGCCCAAGUUGCCCUGCCCAAGGAUGGGGCGGCAAGCACCAGGAGAGCUCCAACGGCAAUAGCGGAGGAGUUAGAGGGAGCAUGGGCGGGGCAGGAGGUGGAGAAGGGAGCAUGGGAUCCUGGGGAGGCCCUGGCUCCGUGAAGCCCAGUGUAUCAGGCCGGGAGGGCAACGGGGGAGGAGGAGGGAGCAAGCAGGACCCCUCAGGAUUAGAGCCCACAGGGUGGGAGGAACCUUCCCCACCCUCCAUCCGACGCAAGAUGGAGAUUGACGACGGCACCUCGGCUUGGGGCGACCCGGGUGCCUACAACAAGACGGUCAACCUCUGGGACAAGAACAACCCUGGGGGAGGAGGGCCACCCCAAGGUAGACCCCCAGGGAAUGCCCCUGCAUGCCCCCCUGGAAACAACAACCACCCACCACAUCACACCUACCACGGCCCCCCACCACCCCUCCAGAGCCAUGGGGGCCACAACCCCCAGGGCCCAGGCCAGAACAGUGGGCCCGUGGACACAGCCAUGCCUCACCAGACUGCGCCUCCACCACACAGCAGACCACCCCUCAUGGGUCCAGGCUGGGGGGAGCCUUCCAGUGCCCACCCCAAACCAGAGCCCUCCUGGGGGGAGCCUGCUCCCCCUCUGGUCAGCGUGGACAACGGGACCUCCGCCUGGGGAAAACCCACCGGGAGCCAUGGGGGCUGGGGUGUGGGUGACAACAGCCCUGAACCCUACAGACGGGGCAACGCACCCCUUGGAUCUGCACCUUGCAAACCAGCCCCCAAAUCUAUGCAAGACGGCUGGGGUGGUGGAGGUGGCGGGGAGGACAUGGGUUUGUCUGGGGGCCCGUGGGACCCUGACGACGGGGACAUGUGGAGCAGCCAGGCCUCCCAGGAGAGCAACUCCUGGGGCAACAGACCCAGGAAGGCCCCACCCAAGGGGAAGAUUCCGGGCAAGCAGGAGGAAGCCUGGAUCAUGAAUCGCCUGAUCAAGCAGCUGACAGACAUGGGCUUCCCUAGAGAUCCAGCUGAGGAGGCUCUGAAGAGGAACAACAUGAACCUGGACCAGGCCAUGAGUGCUCUGUUGGAGAAGAAGACGGAGCUGGACAGGCGGGGGAUGGGCAUGUCCGACUACAACAACUGUCUGAUCAACAAGGGGCCAAUGGGCUGCCGGCCUCCCCUCCACUCCAAAGAGUCCUCCUCAGAUCGCUCCCCUUUCCUCGACAAGGACGGUGUUGGUAGCCUGGUGGAGGACGUCCAUACCUCCUCACCGUUUAUGCCUUGUUCCCCCGGCCCCCUCGGCCUGAAACUCCCCUCCCUGCCUCUAUCCAGCCAGGGCCUGGGCGGCCCACAGGGCCUAGCCAUGCAAAACUUGAACAACAGACAGAUGCAGAGUGGAAUGUUGGGCUGUAGCAGUGCAGCACAAGCCCGGGCCAUGCAGCAGCCUCCUCCUCAGCCGCCAGUGCCGCCUCUCGGCUCCUCCCAGCCUAGUCUACGCGCUCAAGUGCCUCAGUUUCUCUCCCCUCAGGUUCAAGCACAGCUCUUACAGUUUGCAGCAAAAAACAUUGGUCUGAAUCCUGCACUUUUAACCUCACCAAUAAACCCUCAACAUAUGACCCUUUUGAACCAACUAUACCAGCUGCAACUGGCGUACCAGCGUUUACAAAUUCAGCAGCAGAUGUUGCAGGCGCAGCGUAAUGUUUCUGGUCCCAUCCGACAGCAGGAGCAGCACGUUGCACGUACAAUCAAUAACAUGCAGCAGCAGAUCCAACAGCACCAGAGACAGCUGGCCCAGGCCCUGCUGAUUAAGCAGCAGCAGACCCUCGGCUCCCUCUCCUCCUCCGGCCUGCACCACGGCCAAGGCAAAUCAGCCCUGGACUUGUUCCCAGGCCACCCCCAGGCUCCGGGCCUACCCGACCUGCAGACCAAAGAGCAGCAGUCGUCCCCCAACUCCUACAGCCCCUACCCUCUCUCUGGACUGAAUCCUAACAUGAAUGUAACCUGCAUAGAGGUGGGAGGCUUGUCCAUGAAAGAGCUUCCCCAGCCCCAGUCUCGCCUCUCCCAGUGGACACACCCCAACUCCAUGGACAGCCUCUCUGGAGGCUCAUCCUCUCUGGAGCCCAACCUGAACAAGCACGGUUCCAACCUGGGCCCCCCCGGGAAGCCCCCCCAAAUGGAGGAUGGGUACAGCCCCUACGGCAUGAUGCCUGUCUCCGAGUCCCCCACCAACCCCCUGGUGCCCCCAGACAGCUGGAGCCAGGGCAAGAGCCCCAACGACAAGAUGGUCAACGGCGCCAACAUCACCUGGCCUCCAGAGUUCUGCCCGGGCGUGCCCUGGAAGGGCCUGCAGAACAUCGACCCGGAGAACGACCCCAACAUGACCCCGGGGAGCGUGCCCAGCGGCCCCACCAUCAACACCAACAUCCAGGACGUCAACCGCUACCUGCAGAGAGACCGCAGCGGAGAUUCUCUCUCUCUUCCAUUCCCUUUUGCUGGAUGCGAUGCCCCCAUAGGCUCCUCCCCCACCUCAUCUCAGAACGAGGCCCUGCCCCCCUCCACCGAUUGGCCAGUCAGUGCCUACUCUAGCUCGUUCAGUCUGUCGUCCCCGGAAACGGACGACCCAGGUAAAUUGUCAGACAUGAAGUCCACCUGGUCCCCGGGGCCCAUCUCCCACCCCUCCCAGGUCUCUCUGUCCCAUGAGUUGUGGAAGGUCCCCCAGGGGCCCCGCAGUAACACAGCCGCCCCCACACGGCCCCCCCCGGGCCUCACCAACCCCACCAAGCACUCCUCCACCUGGGGAGGCAACUCCCUGGGCCUGGCCCAAGGCUGGAGCAGCUCCUACUCCUCAGCAGCUACCACAUGGAGUACAGACAGCUCCAACAGGACCAGUAGCUGGUUGGUCCUGAGGAACCUCACUCCCCAGAUAGACGGCUCCACCCUGCGGACGCUAUGCAUGCAGCACGGCCCCCUCAUCACAUUCCACCUCAACCUGACCCAGGGCAACGCAUUGGUGCGCUACAGCUCCAAGGAGGAGGCCGCCAAGGCCCAGAAGUCCCUGCACAUGUGCGUUCUGGGUAACACCACCAUCCUGGCAGAGUUUGCUGGGGAGGAAGAGGUCCAGCGCUUCUUUGCACAGGGCCAGCAGCUAGCCUCAACCACCAGCUGGCAGGCUGACCCAGGUGUCAAUCAGACGCGGAUGGGUGGUUCCGGGCCCAGAUCCUCGCACCCCAUUGGCCACCCCCACUGGAACUCUGGCGGUAGCGGUGGCGGCAUGGGAGGAGGUGGAGCCAAGACGGCCGGAGAUCUGCUCUGGGGGGGCGUGCCCCAGUACUCCAGCCUAUGGGGACCGCCCAGCGGAGAGGAGGGGCGGGUCAUGGGGAGUCCUACUCCUAUCAACACGCUGCUGCCUGGGGACCUGCUGAGCGGGGAGUCCAUGUAGGACCACGUCACAGAGCUCCAUGCUAGAAAAAGGAGGAAUGGAAUAAUACACAGGAAUACUACACAGUACUACAUAUAUACAUGUAUACAAACAGAAGAGCAAAAACCAAGCAAAUCAAUGUGGUGAUAAUCAGUGUGGGUGGGAUGAUCGAGGGACAGAUUUGAGGAGGACGAGGUGACUCUUCUGUGUCCACGCUGCUCACCCUCUUCCAAUUUUUCUGUUUGUUUAAAAAAAAAAAAACAUUUCAUUUUAGAUUUGUUUGGCGAGAGGCUCUGGUUACAGUGUUUUAAGUUUGGACUUUCGGAAAAGCACGAGUAUGCCUUUGACUCAACCAACAAAGGAAGAGAAACAUUUGAACUUUACUCUGAGAACUAUUUGUCAUGUGAAACGUGUGUUUUAGACUAACUGCUUCAAACAACGAGCUGCCAUCUUCAAAACUCCCAUAGUCCCUUGCUGCCUGGCAGCAGUCAAUCCACACCUCAGAGAAACCAUAGAUACACGUCAUUCCCAAAGCCCAUCCCCUUCCUGUCGGGAAGGUUCCAGAACUUUCUACCAGUCCGGAAUUUCUCUUGUUUGUUUUUUUCUCAGCACUAAUUACUAGCCUUAACCUCCCCCCUGGCCUCGUUCCCCUCUUUUAUUCACUGAUUCUCACUCACUCUGUACUUACUGAAGAAAACGUACUGAGAAUUGCACACUCAUUUCUGAGCCAGCGAAAACCGAGGGGAGAGGAUGUGCUUGUAAGAGACUGAGGCCACAGCAGCUCUCAACUGGAAUCGUCGGCGGUCACAAGCACAUUAUUCAGUCCCCACCACUCUUAAAGGGAUUGAUGAUGCAAACGCAAAAGAUCUUCGCCUUGUUCAUUUUAAAGCCAUUUUUGUCAUGGAGGAGUUUUGUUUCCCCAAACCAUUCGCAAAAUAAGCGAAGAGAAAUAUGACUCCAGUGUGUGAAUAUUUCCGGGGGCGUGUGUUUACAUGUGUGUAUGACCGUCUUGUUGAAGUCUAGUAACCACUGCUCUAUGGAACUGUAACAAAACACUUGUUUUGAAAUGCACCUCAACUCGUUUAAGGACGAACUUGUGGUCUGGUUCCUCCCCUUUCUGUGACUGUGGAAGACCUCAGUCGUUACCGUGGUCCACUAAUCUCUCCUUUACACCAACACACCAUUUCAAGUGACGUGCAAUAUAAGCCACAGACUACUCUCUACUACCGUCCACACCAAGUACUCAAAGGGUUUCUCUCACAAACCUCUUUCAAGAGCAGAGACAGAAUCAGCAAGGACUCUCUAUAUCCAUGUCCCCUGGGUGUGUGAGCUGGCUGGACCUACUUAUCCGUGAAACACAAGGAUAUACAACAAGCACUUGUUAUUCAGUCUUGGACUGGGUCUUUCUAAUCCAGCCUCACAGUGACGGACUAGAGGGGCACAGGGGUAAGGAAGGGGGUGUAUGGGGCAUUAUACCAAAACGAGACUUGUUCCUUAUCUACCCACAAGACGAAACCAUGCAUUUCUUUCUUUCCAUUGUUGUAUUUGGUACAAAAAAGUAUGGAACAAAUAUAUAACUGCUUUAUAAAAAGAGGUGGUUUAUCAUAGCACUUAGCAAAGAGCGUCAAGCUCCUUCACUUCAAUGCCAACGAAUCAGAAGAGGAGAAGCGUGUGACACUGAAAAACUCUAGGAAAAAAA